AUGGCUAGCUUUGAGUACAACGGAAACCCCAGCCGAGUCAUAUUUGGCUCAGGCACACUGUCGAUGCUGGCCGCGGAGCUGGCACGGCUCGAAGUGUGCACGCCUCUCUUUCUCUCCACGCCGGAGCAACAAGGUCCCACCCUCGAGCUGGCCAAGUCUCUCGGAGCGCGCGCCGACCAUCUCUUUGCUGAAGCAACUAUGCACACGCCCCUCCACAUCACCGAGAAAGCACUGGGCGUUGCAAACACGUGCGGAGUUGACAGCUUCGUUUCGCUCGGCGGUGGCAGCACCAUUGGGCUCGGUAAGGCGCUCAGCGUGCGGACCGGUCUGGUGCAUAUUUGCAUCCCGACCACGUAUGCGGGUAGUGAGAUGACCCCGAUACUGGGUGAGACGGUCAACGGGCUCAAGACGACGCGCAGAGAUCCAGCGAUACUUCCCACUACAGUCAUUUAUGACGUCGACCUUACACUCACACUACCCGCCAUGAUGAGUGCUACUAGUGGGAUAAACGCAAUUGCGCACGCAGUGGAGGCUCUCUAUGCAGCCAACAAAAAUCCAAUUGUCAGCGUCCUCGCGCUUGAAGGCAUACGACCUCUUGCCCGAUCACUUCCGACUCUGGUCUCGUCGCCAAGCGAUAUCAGUGCCAGGAAAGAUGCCUUGUUCGGCGCGUGGCUUUGCGGAUUUUGCCUCGGUAGCGUCGAUAUGGCACUUCACCACAAACUUUGCCACACCCUCGGAGGUUCUUUCAAUCUCCCUCACGCCGAGACACAUACGAUCAUUCUACCACAUGCUCUCGCGUACAACGCUCCCGCAAUCCCGGAAGCCAUGCAGAAACUUGCAGAGGUGCUGCCGGACAGUGACGGAGAUGCAAUUAAGGGACUGAAUGUGUUAUUAGAACGACUAGGCGUAAGAACAGCACUAAAAGAUUUCGGUCUGACAGAAGAAGAUGUCACCAAGGCGGCUGAGAUCGCACUGUCAAAGCCGUAUCCUAACCCGAGAACGCUUGAAAUGGCUUCGAUUCAAGAACUUAUUCGGAGGGCUUGGGUAGGAGAAAAGGCUAGAGCAGAUCUGUAGAUUCCACGCAAAUGGAUUAGUUGGUAUUUGG